AUGUCCGUCGCAAUCGAUUCCAUUAAGGUUUAUGUAAACCAAUUUAUUCAUAAUUUCGACUAUGUCGAUGCUAUCUUUCUUGCUGAACGUCUUUAUGCUGAAGUAAAAAAUGAUGAAUCGACUUAUUUACUGGCACGUACUUAUUAUUUAAGUGGUGAUGUGAAUAAAUCUUAUUGGCUAUUACGUAAUUCUUCUAUUGAGCAUGUACCUGCUGCGAAACUUCUUUUAGCAAAAUGUUGCUUUGAUACAGAUAAACUUCAUGAAGCUGAAUCAGUGCUUGUUGGUAACUGUUCAUCGAUAAAUACACUUGCACUUGAUGAUUAUGUUAAUGAUCAUGGUGAUCAAGCAGCAUUUGCCUUACAAUUACUUGCUAAAGUUUGCGAAAAAUCAGAUCGUCAUCAAAAAGCAAGUGAAUGUUACCGAAAAUCUUUGAAACUAAAUCCAUUUCUAUGGUCAUCAUUUGAAGCCCUAUGUCGUCUUGGUGAACGUGUUGAUACAAGUAUAUUUUGUUCAUCAGCUAUAAAAUCCAAUCGAUCAAUCUCAGAAUUAAGUCAACCACAUAUAUGUGUCACACCUUACACAGAACAGAUAAAAGACAUUCAAAGUGAAAAUCAAGCUAUUGACAAUUCAAUGAAUACAAGUACAAAUCAACCAAUAAAAGAACGACAACAUCAACAACAACGUUCAUUACAAGCACCUGCAACUGUUAUGAAAUUAACUGAUUCUAUUCUUAAUGUUGGUUCAACAAAUAUUUCUGCCAUAAUAACAUCAACACCAAUUGGUUUAAUUGCUGAUCAAUUACAAGAUAAUGAUAAAUAUACUCCGCCAACUAUAAAACCACCUGAUUAUAUUCCAUCUUUACGUAACCCACCACUAGCACCUAAACGACAAAACACACGAAAUGUACAACAAUACGGUUUUGAUGACACGACAGCAUCAGGAUCAACAGCGACACUUUUACAUAGACAUGAACUUGCAUCAACAUCACUUAGUGAUACACGUAAAACUAUCGGCACACGAAAAGAAAAUAAAUCUAUUCGUGCACCAACGAAACGUACUACACGUUUAACAAAAACAACAACACGUCCACCAUGUACAGAUAUGAGUAUAACACCACCUACCGCACCAUCUGAAUCCCCAAAUAAAAUGACAACAAGAUCUCAAGUACGAUCAAAUAAUACAAGUUUAAAUUGUGCCAUUGACAAUGAAUUAAUUAAUAAACGUGAUCGACAAAGAAAGAGUCAAUCAAAUCAUCAUCACCGAACACCUGAAAUUGUUGAAAAUAUAAUCAAUGUAUUUAAAUUACUUGGACAAGGUCUUCAGCAUUUAUCUCAAUUUGAAUGUCGACAAGCAAUUGAAAUAUUUGAAUCAAUAUCUUUAAAACAUCUCGAUACACCAUGGGUUUUAUCACAUUUAGCUAAUUGUUAUUAUCAUUUACAUGAUUAUCAAAAAUCUUCACUUAUUUAUCGAGAACUACGUACAAAAUAUCCAUAUCAUAUUGAUGGAUUAGAAUAUUAUAGUACAGUUCUUUGGCAUUUAAAAGAUGAUAUUGCAUUAGCAACAUUAGCACAUGAAUUAACUGAAACAGAUCGUAAACAUCCAGCUGUAAGUAUGAUGUAUUUAUUUAAACAAAAAAAAAAAGAAAGAAGGAAAAGAAAAGAAAAGAAAUACAGUAAAUUAAGUUUUUUUUAA